AACCCUUACACCCUUCCCCUCUCUGUAAUCACAGGUAUGUGAAAUUUCCCUUUUGGGCGUGUUUCUGAAAUUGCAAUUGGAGACCCAUUCACUCGAUUGCUCUCUUUUAUACCCCGAUGGGGGUAUCUCAUUUCUCUGAAAUUUAUCUUCCUGUUGUAUCAUUCAUCUGUUGAGUCUCAAUAUCUUUGAGCGCAUUACAGAUUUUGGCUCAUUUUGGUCUCAACUUUGCUCUUCUUAGUACUCGUUAUUUGAAUUGAGAAAAUGCUGUCAAUCAGGAAACUCAAGUCCCAUAUCACACCGCUUUCCCCUUACUCCCUGCUUUCCUCGCUUCUUUGCAGUGAUCACAGCAUUCCCAUAUGCCGAAUUCGUGGGUUCUCGAGAGACAGGCCAUUUUUUCAGUUUAUCAGCCCUUAUUUGACAAAUUUAAACAUGGGAAAUGCUGUUCUGGAUUCUCGGAGUGGGUCAAUUCAGUCCUUUUCGAGUAUGGGUGGAACAAUCUUGGUCCAGGCUCGGGACCCAGCUAAACUAUGUGAGGAAUUGGAGAAUGCAAUUGAUGGUCAUAGGUAUAGUGAUGCAUGGAAGUUGUUUGAACAGCAUAUGGGUAUGGAAGGGUUUCCUAGGAAAUCCAUCGUGAACACGGUAUUGACAAGUUUUUCAGAAAGCCUUGAUGUUCAGUGGCUUGAGAAGGCUUAUGGGUUGGUGGAACGGGCUUUUGCAGAGAGUAAGCAGAAUUUGUUGGAGAAGGAGACUCUGAUUUACAUCUCUUUUGGUCUUGCAAGUUGUGGAUUGCCAGUUCCUGCAUCUACUGUUUUGAGGAAAUUGGUUGAAAUGGAAGAGUUCCCUCCUGUCUCUGCUUGGUCUGCUAUCUUGGCCCACAUGUCACAAACGGCUUCAGGAGCAUAUCUUGCUGCCGAGUUGAUUCUUGAGAUAGGUUACUUGUUCCAGGAUGGCAGGGUGGAUCCGCGUAAAAAGAGUAAUAGGCCUUUGCUUGCCAUGAAGCCUAAUACUACGGCCUUCAACAUUGCUUUGGCCGGGUGCCUUUUGUUUGGGACUACUAGGAAAGCAGAGAAGCUCCUUGACAUGAUGCCUCGAGUUGGUGUCAAACCUGAUGUGAACUUACUUAUCAUAAUGGCACAUAUUUAUGAAAGAAAUGGGCGAAGAGAAGAUCUUAGGAAGCUUAAGAGACACAUAGAUGAAGCCCAUAAUCUAAGUGAUAUUCAGUUUCGGCAAUUCUACAAUUGUUUGCUUACAUGCCAUUUGAAGUUUGGGGAUUUAGAUUCUGCAUCCCAUAUGGUUUUGGAAAUGCUUCGGAAGGCAAGGGAAGCACGGAAUUCCCUUUCAGCUGCUACACUCAUGUUUGAAGCUGUUGGAAGUGGUAAUACAUCUACUCAAGAACAGGUUUCUGAAAAAAGCUUAAGCCAUAGAAAGUCAGAUGGUUUAGAGAAUGCUAGACCAAAUACAAGCCUGUCCAUAUCUUAUGAGGAGUUUUCUAGAGACAGAAAUUUCUUAAAGCUUGAGGCUGAGGCAAAAGAAAUACUUGAUAGGCUGUUAGCAAAAUUGCAGAUGCAGGUUGAGUUUAUUACAACUGAACGUGGAAUUCUCCAACCAACUGAAAGAAUUUAUGUGAAAUUGGUCAAGGCUUUUCUGGAAGCUGGCAAGACGAAGCAAUUGGCGGAGUUUCUAAUCAAGGCAGAAAAGGAAGAUUCUCCAGUUUCCACUGAUAAUUCAGCCUUGGUUCAUGUCAUUAAUUCAUGCAUCUCGCUUGGUUGGUUAGAUCAAGCACAUGACCUACUGGAUGAGAUGCGCUUGGCUGGGGUUAGAACUGGUUCUUCUGUGUAUUCUUCCCUCCUAAAAGCAUAUUGUAAAGCAAAUCGAGCAGGAGAGAUCACAUCACUGCUUCGAGAUGCCCGAAAGGCUGGAGUCCAGCUGGAUUCAAGUUGUUAUGAAGCAUUGAUUCAAUCCCGAGUGCUUCAAAAAGAUACUGAAGGGGCCCUCCAUGUAUUCAAAGAGAUGAAAGAGGCUAAAAUACCAAGAUCUGGUCAUCGAGAAUUUGAGAUGUUGGUUAAGGGAUGUGCAGAGAGUGGUGAAGCAGGUCUGAUGGCAAAGCUGUUGCAUGAAAUCAAGGAAGAGCAAAGAGUGGAUUGUGGAGUUCAUGAUUGGAAUAAUGUAAUCCAUUUUUUCUGUAGGAAGAGACUGAUGCAAGAUGCUGAGAAGGCUCUGAAGAAGAUGAGGAGUUUAGGGCAUGCCCCAAAUGCACAAACUUUUCAUUCUAUGGUCACUGGGUAUGCUGCUAUUGGGGGAAAAUAUGUGGAGGUAACAGAGCUGUGGGGCGAGAUGAAGUCUUUUGCUUCUUCUUCCUCGAUGAAGUUUGAUCAGGAACUCCUAGAUGCUGUACUUUAUACAUUUGUCAGAGGGGGUUUUUUUGUUAGAGCUAAUGAAGUUGUGGAGAUGAUGGAGAGAGGAAAGAUGUUCAUUGACAAAUAUAAGUACAGAACCCUCUUCUUGAAAUACCAUAAAACACUUUAUAAGAGCAAGCCUCCCAAAGUCCAAACAGAAGCCCAAUUCAGAAGGAGAGAUGCUGCAUUGACUUUUAAGAAAUGGGUAGGCUUGUUUUAAUGGAGCUUUCGGUCUAUUACUUGCAUUUCGGAGCUCUACUGAGUCUACUCUAAUGGCCCUCAAUGCCCUACAAAUUCUUCCAACAGUUACAAAGCUACACCAGUUGUCUUCUACACAUAUCUUCUGCUUUCUUGCACUAGCAUUGAUGAAGAUUGAAAAGAAGACUUCAAAAUCAACCUAAGGUGGUAUGGGAUUUAAACCGCUGACUACUUUUCUGAAUUAUCACCAUAUGUCCUGAUUGUUUAUUUUGGUCAAUUGCAAUUGUGCAAAAAAAUGGUUUUGGGUGGAUGGAAUUCUCAGCUGCCUACUUCUUUCAUCAGAUUCAAAAGGCUUUUGGUUGUUGUGUUUGAAACUGAGAAUUCCAAGUCUUUUUUAUGUCAGUGAAAACUUCUGUUGAUGACCUUGGAAGGGCACCUACCAAGGAAUUUAUGUAAACUAUGCAAUAUAUCAGUAUGUCACGGGCUUUGUUCAGUGGUUUGUGGGACUAGGCAUUGUUUGUGGUUUAGUGGAUUGCUUUAAUACUUUCGUCUUCCUAGUGCUCCUGGAUUUGCAAAACUAGUACUAGUAGUGAUUUGGAUGGCCAUGUAAAGUGCCAUCCAAAUCCAUAGUGAUUAAAAUUGUAUUUGGAUGAUCCCAAGGGUUGACUGAAAUAGUCCUACAUGUUGUUAAUUCAUAAUAUUUUAAGAAUGGUAUCAUGGAUAAUAGUAACUAAAUUCAUCUUGAAAUGCAGGAGAAAAUCAGAACAGAGUUCUUUCUCUUCAUGGUCUCACUUUAUGUACUCCACUUGUUAGGUUUUGGAUGUUUUGUUCUUUUAAAGCAUGUUUAUUGAUUUUUUUUUUAUUUAUGUUGGGUAUUCGAAUUUCUUAUUGUUUAUUUUGAUUUUCUUGUUUCCUGGUAUUUCUAGUACUACAUAGGAAGGAAGAACAGGCUCUCAAUACAAGUAUAAAUUUAUGUUCUCAUAAGAUACUGACUUGGUCUACUCUCUCUUGUUGGUACUAAUUGCCCUUAUAAAGAUGCCUUCAAUUGCUCAUUCGAUUGAUGACUUUGUUAUCCCUACCCUGAAGAGAGAAAAGCUUGAUCUAUCCAAUUGCUGCAUAAUUGGGCCUGAUAAACUAUAAAUGCUAUUAGUUACAAAAUGAUCCUACCAAUCUUUCAAUAGAAAAUUGACUGAAGGGCCACAAGAUACUAUUUCAUGGGAUUCUUUUUCCCAAUAGAAGCCCUUGAGAAGUUGCCUUGGAUGCAACUUGAAUUAGUCCAUUGUCAAUCAUGCAAAGAUUUGUGAUGCUUUCAAAUGGUAUAUAGCAACAUAAUUUUGUAUGAUAAUACUCUGCAUUACAUUGAUAUGAAUAUCAUUGAUUGGGUGACAGGUUCAGCUGGUGGGUGAACUUCUUGAGCCAUUUUGGGUUGAUGAAUGUUCAGUUUCUGUAUGCUACAUAAAAAUGAAGGAUUCAGCCGAAACACACUAUGAAGAAGUCAGUGGUAUCAGAGGAGCUAGAAUCUCUGAGAGAUUAAACUACACCUAUACCUCAAUAACCCUUUUGCAAUAUCAUGUUGGUAAUCCAUCUUGUGAGAAAAUCCUGUGGCACCAAGAAAAUCCUGAGAAUGAAAUCACUGGUUUUAGGAACCCCUUAAGGACUAUGAAUCCUGUUGCUGAGCUCACAGUGACUCACUUUCAAGGAUCGAGAGUCUUGAGACAUCAUCUCAUCUUGGAGUUGAGUGCAUAGCCAGUGCUUUGACGUAUUCAAUUUUGUACAGACCCUUCUGGGUAUUCGGUGCCAAUCACCAACACUCUUCUGCCGAGCUUCACCUGAUGGAACGACCGAUAUCUUGGACUAUAGCAUCAGGUCACCAAUGCUCACCCUUCUCAAUUUCUGGUGGAAAAAAAUCAACGGUUUAUCUGUGCUCCUAGGGAAAUUGAUCUCAUUCUUUGUAUCCAAGUUCAAUCCUAUUAUUUUGUACUUCUUUGGGAAACUUGUGUUUUGAUGGGGUCAUUUGAUAAAUAUAUGAUUUUUGAAACCCAAUUUUAUGAAAUAUGAUAACCAGAUUUUAAUAUGGAAAAUAAUAUUGUCUUCAUGCACUCUGAGCUAGCCCCCUUUUUUGUGCCAAGAUUGCCCUUCCGAUCUCCAUCACCGAUAAAAAAAAAAGGUUAUAGUGGUGUGGCGGCGAUGGACUGAUGUGGAGUUGCAGUGGUCUUGGCACCUUCGGAUUUUUCUUCCACAACAGCAUCCAAAUCUCCAUGUCAACAUUGAUCAAAAUUUGAAGAGGUUUCUUAGCUCAUCUUUUUUAUUUCCCCUCUUCCUUCAUCAUCUUCUUCGUUUUCUAGGUUUUUCUACUGAAAAAAAGAGAGUUGAAGCAGAGUCGUCGCACGAGGUGAGCGUCGGCCCCUGUCGCCAUUAAUCACCACUAGCUUCCCCUUAAUCACGACCAGAACCCACCAUCACCGUUGCAGCUUCUUCGCAUCUCUAGUUCCGGUGACUUCCAACUCUAAAAUCAUCUCCAUCUUCACCACACCAAAUUCCAAUCCUUCAAUACCUAUUCGCCGCUGAUCCACCUCCAUCUUAACAAUAGUUGUAGCAGUUGAAGGAAAAGAAAAAUUCGGAGGUGCCAAGGUCAUUGCCGCCAUAGCUCAGUCCAUCUUUGCCGCCACCAUUGAAGCUAAACCCAUCUCCAAACAUGGAAGCUUGGAUGCUGUUGUGGAAGAAAAAUCCAAAGGUGCCAAGGUCCCCGCAGCUCCACAUCAGUCCAUCGCUGCUGCACCACUAUAACCUAUUUUUUUAUCGGUGAUGGAAACCGGAAGGGCAAUUUUGGCACAAAAAAUGAUGCCGGCUCAAAGUGAUUGAAGGCAAUAUUAUUUUCCAUAUUAAAAUCUGAUUCUCAUUUUUCAUAAAAUUGGGUUUCAAAAACCAUAUAUUUAUCAAAUGACCCCAUCAAAACACAAGUUUCCCUACUUCUUUUACUCAGCAACACGGAUUUCCAAAAA